GUAAAACGGCGACGACAACGGUAACGUUGAAGACGAACACGACGACGAAAGCGGUAACAAGAACCACGACUACCGACAAUUACUUGCGAUCUGUUGUGUGAUAGUGGCGGUAUCGCUGGAAGGAGUAGCAACAGCAUCAAAUAGCAACAACCUCAAAUCCCAUCGUCGUCGUCAAUUAGUGCGACGAGGUGCAGUGUGUGUGCGCGAUUCGAGUGCGAGUGGGCGAGAUAGUGCGAAUAGUGUGUGUAAGGGAAAGCUAGAGCGAGAUAGCAGGAGAGUACUAUCGGCGACCCGUUGGUGCAUAUCUUUCUAGUGCAAGUGCAAGUGCAGCGAAAGUGGACAUACGCGAACCGUCAAACGACGGGGCGAAAAAGUUCGGCCAAAUUAACGCAGCUAUUGCGACGACGACAACAGCGCCGGCUGGCAGCGAUCGAAUAAUUUUCACGUGCAACAUGCAGCAACCGCGAUACAGUCCGGCACCGCCGCCCCCGGUCACGAUACGUCCGCAGAUGGCACCGAGACACCAGACAGUACCGAACGGAAGCACCACAGCCGCGCCUCGUAGCGCCUAUCCUGGAGCACCUCCGCCUGCACCGGCCACACUAAAGGGUGCCCAGCGACCCGCUAUGACUAGUCCGGCCAGUGGCAUUCCCGGUGCACCGUACAGAGGCGCCUGGACGCAGGGCUACGCCCCGACACAGGCAACCUACCGAUACACUGCACCGCAGACCUAUGCAUAUACACCACACACUACGACCCAGUACGGACAGCGUGUGCCGACCGCAGCGUCGCCCAGCAACACGAACUCAAGCAGCUCGUCGAACACGGGCUCGCAGAGCGGCACCCUGAGCACGAGCCUGAGCAACACGACCAACACAAACAACACGAUGGGUCCUAGCAACACGCCCCAGCAGACGGAGCAGCUGUCCAAAACGAACCUCUACAUUCGCGGCCUGCAGCAGGGCACGACCGACAAGGAUCUUGUCAACAUGUGUGCACAGUAUGGGAACAUCAUCUCAACAAAGGCAAUAUUAGAUAAAACAACAAACAAGUGUAAAGGAUACGGAUUUGUUGACUUCGAGUCGCCGUCGUGUGCCGAGGGUGCCGUCAAAGGGCUUCAAGCGAAGGGCAUCCAAGCUCAGAUGGCCAAAGUGGGUAUCUGGGUGCUACAUAGGCCGGCCAUUCAACAGGAGCAGGAUCCAACCAACUUGUACAUCGCGAAUCUUCCCUUGAACUACAAAGAAACGGACGUUGAGAAUCUGCUGUCCAAGUACGGUCAGGUCAUCUCGACUCGAAUUCUGCGCGAUCAGAACGCACAGUCGAAAGGUGUCGGAUUCGCUCGAAUGGAAUCGCGGGACAAGUGCGAGCAGAUCAUUCAGAUUUUCAAUGGCACCCAGCUGCCAGGCGCCAAGGAACCGCUGCUGGUGAAGUUCGCUGACGGUGGCUCGAAGAAGAAGAAUCCAUUCAAGAGCCCGGACCCGAACACGCGAACCUGGCGCGAAGGAACCGAGGGCAUCCCGGUGACCUACGAUCCGAACAUGCAGCAGAACGGCAUCGGCGUCAACGUUGGCACGCACAUCAACAUGCCGUACAGAGGGUUCAGCACUCCGCAGGUGGGCGGUUAUGCCGUGCCCGGUUCCCAGUGGGUGCCCAGCUACAUGAUGACCCAGGCGAUUGCACCGGUCGAAGAGCAGCAAUACGUUCAGGUGCCCGCUUCGCAUCUGAGCGUUGGCACCCCGUACAAGACGGACGGUGUGACGCCAGUGCAGCCACGUGGCGUCUCGAUGAUCAUGUCCAGUGAUAAUCCAGCCACCGUGCAGUACGGCAUGGUGCCACAGUUGGCCACACUGCAGAUUGGUUCUUCGCCGAUCCUGUCUCUCCCGCAACAGCAGUACAUCAGCCCAUCCUAUCCGUACUAUCCGACCCACCCGACGUCGGUGAUCCACACGCUGCAGAUGAACGACACGGAACAGGCCAGCACGGCCGCCUCGCCGGACGAAGCCUACACCACGCAGUAUCAGCACGCUCCGAAGUAGAUCUACUACAUCCGGGGGUCGCACCCAGAGAGAGAGCCUGCCCUCCCGUAGCCAAGACACACAGCCACAUACACCCACACCCAUACACAUCCAAACACACACACACACACGCGCACCACUAUCUGCAGGACUAAGAGGAUGAGAGAGCAGGGUCGACAACAAGGACGAUAAUGAUGACGAUGACAACAACGACGAGGGACGACAACGGACGGACGACUACAGCGUGGGCAACCAAUCCGGAAAACACCGAGUAUCCCCCCUUCCCUCAAACAGGGAGCAACACGAAAGCAUCUUUCCGCUCACCAGCAGGACACGUGGAAGCCCACUACCAUCAGAUGAUCGGGUGGAUGAACGGCAGGGGCAUGAAAGCAUCGAUUCCAGGAAAUUGCAAUAAGAUAACUGGGGUAACAGCAGAGGACAGCUAUGGAGAAUAGCGACACAUCACGACGAAACGAACGCGAAGAUUAGUGUAAUAUGAUUCGAAUGUGGGGUUCUGUCUCUCGAUCGGCUGGGAUGCCAUUAUGGUGUAGAUGGGAUGCAGGAUGCGCCAAAGCCUCCAAACGACGAUCACAAGCGAUCAGCUGUGCAAUUUUGAAAGAGCGCAUACUGAGCAACAAAACGGAUUCAUACGGUUACAUUAUUGUAAGGGAAAACACUGCAUACACACCAACAAACCAGCCACAUCCGCACUUACACAAUUUUGCACAUGAAAUGAACGCCAUAAGCAACGCGUGGAAAGCAUGAUGCGAAGAUCGAGCGCUGGCGGUAGGAACUUUCUACACCGUUGCUUUCCUUCCCGAAGGUAGGCCAAAUAAAUUAAGAUACCUCAAACGAAUGGAGAGUACGGCGAGAGCUGACACAAGCUGCUGCUAAACGGUGUGCCGUAACACGAAAGGCGCGAAAAUGUUGCCGCGAUUUACAAAUGAAAAAUACGUACGAACGAAUGAAAUCAUAGCGAGUUUAACAAACUGCAGCUGCAAGCCGCAGGCGAAACGAUAGACGAACCUCAACCACUAACUCAAUAUCCACAAGCAGACACAGUUUGUGAUCGCUAGGAGCACGAACGACUGAUGAAACACCUGUCUUGGUUUAGCUGUGUGUGGCGAAACGAGUAACACCCCUCCUGUACGCUGUACGGAAGGGAUGCGCAAUGGUCAACAUUUGAUAACGCGUCCAGCCAGGGAAAUAUUGCAAGAAAAACCUGUUCUCGUAAUGUCCUUGUACGAAUGGUGGUGUGGUAACUCUCCACCAUUCCUUUUGCUCCUCAAGGGACAUUUUAUUCGACAAACAGGAACAGUUUUUGUUGCCACAUUAUGGGAGACGCAAUCAGUAUGAAAAUCAUUCGAAUGGAUUGUAAAUUGACAUAGUAUUUUUUUUCUUGUUUUUUAGUUUUGUUUAUAAAGACUAAAAGGAUACCUGAUCCUGCCACAUGGAGUAAUUUGCAACCGAGCAGUUCAGUGAUUGUUCGGUGGUUGCAAAGUAACUGUUUGUCACCGUAAAAUUUGCAUUAUAUCAAAAACGAUCAUCCAAAGAACGGAAAUUCGACUGUUUCGUGGUGAAAUAAUAGAAUCCCACACUAGCCUAUCGCUCUCCUGGGAAAUAUUUUGAUCCCCAGCUCUCCCAGCGAUGGACGCGUGUUAGCAAAGAAUGUUAAACCUCUGCUGAACCGUAAUCUCUUAAGAGAGUGCACUAGAUAAACACAAAAUGACGAUUGGCUUCCGGUUGCCCACGAUAAACAAACGAAUAAUUGCCUGCGGUGCGACUUUAGAAUACCCAUUCUUUCUAUUAUUUUUCCUCUUGGAUUGGUCUCCUCCUCUCGGAUGUGUCGCUCGAUUUUAGUAGAGUUAAUUUUAAUUUAUUGUUUUCCUUGUUUUUUUUCUUCGGAAAAUGUUUUUGUCUUUGUUAAUUUAAAACGAAACGUGAAGGUGAAGUUUAGCGGAAUAGUGUAAGACACAAUGGGAAGGGAAUUUGUAGCCAGGGGGAAUUUAAAGUGAUGUUUGAAGAGAAGGAAUCAACCCUAGGGUACGCGAGGAUCAACGGUAUUGCGCCGGUGCGCAAUAUGCGAUUAUCUGCGUGGAAGAUGAAGCAAAAAAAAAAAGCUAGUUUAUAUUUUAGUUAUGAAAAACGAAUGAUUUAUCUGAAGAAUCCCACGAUCA